AUGCUGCUCUGCGUGCCGCAGGUGCUGCUGGCCCCGCUCCUUUCCAUGCUUCUGGCCCAGGCGGAAGCCAGCCAGAGGGCGGCCACUCAGGCCCACGACACCACCAGGCCCGCUCUGCUCAGGUUGUCGGAUCACCUCCUGGCCAACUACAGAAAGGGGGUGCGGCCUGUGCGGGACUGGAGGAAUCCUACUACCGUCUCCAUCGAUGUCAUCAUGUAUGCCAUCCUCAGCGUGGAUGAGAAGAACCAAGUGCUGACCACUUACAUCUGGUACCGGCAGUUCUGGACUGAUGAGUUUCUGCAGUGGACUCCUGAGGACUUUGACAACAUCACCAAAUUGUCCAUCCCCACAGACAGCAUCUGGGUCCCUGACAUUCUCAUCAAUGAGUUUGUGGACGUGGGGAAGUCUCCGAACAUUCCGUAUGUGUACGUGCAUCACCGAGGUGAAGUCCAAAACUACAAACCCCUUCAGGUGGUGACUGCCUGUAGCCUUGACAUCUAUAACUUCCCCUUUGAUGUGCAGAACUGCUCUCUGACCUUUACCAGCUGGCUGCAUUCCAUCCAGGACAUCAACAUUUCCCUGUGGCGAUCACCAGAAGAAGUGAGGUCGGACAAGAGUGUCUUCAUGAAUCAGGGCGAGUGGGAGCUGCUGGGAGUGCUCACCCAGUUUCAGGAGUUCAGUAUGGAAACCAGUUACAGCUAUGCAGAAAUGAAGUUCUAUGUGGUCAUCCGCCGGCGGCCUUUAUUCUACGCAGUCAGUCUCUUGCUGCCCAGUAUCUUCCUCAUGGUCGUAGACAUUGUGGGCUUUUGCCUGCCCCCGGACAGUGGAGAGAGAGUCUCCUUCAAGAUCACGCUCCUUCUGGGAUACUCGGUCUUUCUCAUCAUUGUGUCGGACACACUGCCGGCAACAGCCAUCGGCACUCCCCUCAUCGGUGUCUACUUUGUGGUGUGCAUGGCUCUGCUGGUGAUAAGCCUUGCUGAGACCAUCUUCAUUGUGCGGCUGGUGCACAAGCAGGACCUUCAGCGUCCAGUACCGGCCUGGCUAAGGCACCUGGUCCUACAGAAAACAGCCUGGUUGCUCUGCCUAGGGGAGCAGCCCAUAGCCCAUAGGUCCCCAGCCACCUUCCAAGCCAACAAGACCGAUGACUGCUCAGGCUCUGUUCUUCUUCUAGCCAUGGGAAACCACUUCAGCCAUGCUGCGGGACCCCAAGACUUGGAGAAGACCCCAAGGGGCAGAGGUAGCCCUCCCCCACCACCCAGAGAGGCCUCGCUGGCUGUGCGUGGGCUCUUGCAAGAGCUGUCUUCCAUCCGGCACUUCCUGGAGAGGCGGGAUGAGAUGCGGGAGGUGGCUCGGGACUGGCUCCGAGUGGGAUAUGUGCUGGACAGGCUGUUAUUCCGCAUCUACCUGCUGGCCGUGCUGGCCUACAGCAUCACCCUGAUCACACUCUGGUCCAUUUGGCAUUAUUCUUGA